UUUUAAUUGCGCAUGAAUAUUUGUGUGUUCAGCAAGACCUUUAUUUUGACAUCUUACAAAACAGGAAGUGCCUGAAUGCGUGACUGUCAAGCUGUAGGACAUGGGGGUUAAAAUAGAGGUUUUUAGGAUGAUGGUGUAUCUGUCGUUUCCAGUGGCGAUGUUUUGGAUAUCAAACCAAGCGGAGUAUUUUGAAGAAUACAUCGUGAAGCGAAAGAGGGAGAUCUUCCCACCUGAUGAGAAAAUGCAUAGGCAAGAACUGGAGGAUUUCAAGGAGCGCAUGAGAAAGCGGAGGGAGCAGAAGAUGCUGAAACAGAUGGGCGUGCAGUCUGAGGAAUGACUGGAAGACAACAGCACUGGUUAUUGCAUCAUAGUGCAACUCUGGGAUCAAGCCUUUAAG